UCUUAACUCCAAGAAGAAAGGACAAAGCACAGAGAACUAACUUCGAUCGAAUCAUCAACAAAGACAAAAGAGGAGGCAUAGAAUAUUCGAAAUUAUUCAAUCAAAUCGAGAUGGCCCCGAGAUUCGCACCCAAAGAACCAGUCACGCUCGACGAGCCAAAAGACACGAAAUUCACACCGUCUGAAUUACGAAAAUAUGACGGCGUCCAAAACCCCUCGAUCUACGUCGCAGUCAAAGGCACAGUCUUUGACGUAACCCCAAAGAAGGAAGUCUACGGCCCGGGCGGUUCGUACUCCAUAUUCGCAGGCAAAGACGGCUCGCACGGGCUGGCGAAGAGUAGUCUGAAGCCUGAACACGCAAUUCCUACCACCGAGGGACUAGAACCUAACGAGCUGGGUGUGCUUGAUGAUUGGUUUUCGUAUUUCUCGCAGAGGUACAAUAUCAUGGGAGUCGUUGUGCCGGAGGAAGAGGGUACUGCAAAGAUUUAGUAGACUAGUGAGUUGAUAUAUGCGUUUCGAUGGUGUUUACGGAGUUUCU